AUGAUUUCAUCAUCCCCCCAUGCUAGCCUUCUAUUUGCAAACAUGUGGCUCGGCAAUUGGCACGCAAUUUCCAUAGCGAUAAGGAUUAAAAAAUAUUUCUGUCUCUGUGGAAAUUUCAGGCAUGUUCCUAGGAAGAAAGGCUUGGUUUGCAGCGCGAUCAAAUAUUUUCAAUAAUUUAAUAUGGUUUAAUUAAAGUAGUAGGGUAAACAUGAAAAUGAUCCUUGUUUCUAUAAUUUUUUGAAUAAUCUGACUACCGCUCGAGCGGUAAUGGCGGUAGUCUGGAUCCGCCACUGAAGGGCAUGUGAAAUCAUUGACACUACACAAAACGUACAAUUUUAAUAUAGACACAAACGACGCUCCAUAAUAUGGAACGAGCACGUUCUUAACGUUUUAAAGAACCGAGCACAACUUUCUUAUAAAAUGCUCUCUCAUAAGAAAAAACGUGUAGGGAAUUAUUGAUAAAAAUUGAUCAAAUAUUUAAUUUUGUGACGUCAUCGCUUAGAAGUUCAUGUUGUCGUUGUCGUUGCUGCUGCUUUUCAUGACAACAAAAAUGGUGCAUUGUGCAGUGAUUGGCCUUGGUCAACUUGGCUGUAGAAUCGCAGUUGAGGUUGCCUCUUAUGGCAACGAAGUCAGAGCAUAUGAUAAGGACCAGUGGCAACGAGAAACUCUUAUAUGCAGAGCUCAGCAACAUUGGCUUCAGCUAGAACGGAAGGAGCUAGUUGACCUUGCAACAAAGUUUCAUGAAAGAAUUAUCAUUUGUCAAGAUCUGAAAUCAGCUGUUGAAAAUGUUGAUUUCAUAUUUGAAGCUGCAUCAGAAAAUGUAAGGCUCAAAAAAUCACUGCUCAAAGACAUAUCAGCAGCCUGUGGCAGUCAAACUGUUAUUGGAACCAAUUCACUCACCUUGUCAUUAAAUGAAAUAACAGAAGAUGCAUUGUUCAAUGAGAGAAUUCUUGGCCUUCGCUUCAUUUAUCCUGUUUUUGCAAUCCCUUUUCUUGAGUAUUCAACUUCAUCGAAAACGUCAUCAGCAGCUAUUGAUAGAGCUAAAAGAUUGUUUGAAUCCAUGAGCAAAAUUCUCGUACAGAGAGCUGAGGGGGACCAACCACGGUUGCUUGAUGGCUCUGAAGUUGAAUUCUAUCAUAACGAGUUCAGAGCAAAGAAGAAGGCAUUAUCACAUCAGACUGCGCACGGAGCUUCUGUGCCUCAACCAGCUCAUGGACAGCUUCAGCAACAACACCAUGGCAGCGCAAGCAGCAAAGGCACUGGUGGAGAAAAUUCAGUGAGAUGCUCGGAUGGCUCAACAUAUCAAGAUUCAAAUGAAAAAGGUGACGAAUGCGUUGUUUGCAACGAGAAUUCAAUCAACGCCAUAUUGUUUCCUUGCCGACAUAUGUGGCUCUGCUUUCCUUGUGCUCAACGUCUCAAAGCCCUUGAAAAACCAUGUCCUGCUUGUAGAGCAACGAUUGGUGAUGUGGUAUCAGUAUUUAAGCCAUAGAUAUUUGUUAAACUACAUAGUAUUUUUUGCGAUAUAUUCUAUAAGUUAUAUAGCCUUAUUAUAUUUUAAUGAUACAGGGGAUUAUUUGUAAGUAUCCGAAGUACCAUCGAUUCAUGUUUCCCCCUUUGUGGAGCUUUUAACCAAAUUUCCUAUUCAAAACGUGGAGAUCUCUGUGAAACUUCUCUCUCUAGAGACUAAAGUGUUUAGGAGAAAAUAGCAUCUGACCCCAAGCUUGAUCUCCAACUUGUACUGCAGGGAAGGCAAUUAUCCAUACAGAUAACAGUAACUCACUUUCCUAAGUUCAAUGCCACUUAAUCUCCAUGUCUGUUGCAUUACCGCUAAACAGUUUCAGUUUUAUAUUUUAAAAUUCCUCAACAUACAAUAUCUUGCUAUUCAUUACAUGAAAAUUCGUAUAAUAUUACAGGCAAUAAAUAACAAUCACGUAAGACGUUGUUUGCAGGGAAAUUUCUUUAGGAGGAGCUCUUUCAGUAGAUCGAGUGGAGAAGAGAGCUCCCCUGUACCUGAAUUUGGAUUGUACUUGACAUAACCUGAGUUUGGUAACUUUAUAUUUCUUAGUCGAUAUACUUCUUGGAUUUAUUUUUUAUAUGGCUGCUUUUUAAGUUAAAAAGGUUAAUAUAUAUAUUUUAGAUUCUUAACUUUUGGAAUUAGACUAUAUAGUAUGAAAUGAUAAAGACAUUAGGGAUUUUUCUGCGACAAGGAUGUUUGACGGAGUAGUCAAAAUGAUCUUCAUUACCAUAAGGUACCGUCUAUUAAAGUGUUUUUUGCAAUCAAAAGUUUGUAGCCAAAGAUAUAGCUGGCAGAUUUCAGUACUUCCCAUACAUAUCUACUUUUUGUAAAUGCAUGAACUUUGUUGUGUAGAGAACUGAAUAAAGUAAGUAUUUGAUACUCUCAAGGAAGCAUUUAUAAAUUAAAAUGUCUUUAUAUAGUUGUGAUUUCUUGUGACUUUUUCGUUGGACUGGGUACUUUGCCAUUGGAACCCUCGCCCAAACAGGAGCUUUGAUAUUGAGAGUUUGAUAUAUGUAAAUAGAAAGAGUUCCAAUUCGAUGACAAUAGAAAGGUCUGUUUUUACAAUUUUUGAAUUUGGCUCGCAUUCCCUGAUAGCAGUAUUAUGAAGUAUCUCUAAAUUUGCAAAAUCAGUUAAUUGUAUCAUAAAUUGGCUGAUUUAUAGCAAAAUUUUCACAGGCCUUUCGCAGGAAAUCGUUAUAAUCAUUUGUGGUAUAGUUCAAAUUGUUGUGCCCAUUCACUUUUGUAUCCGUCCUGUGGCCUUUUCUAUAAGGAUUCCGUUGAAACUUUGAAAAAGACUCGUUGCCCAUUCGCAUUGAGAGAAUAAGCAUCGAUGCCUAGAAGGGCAUUGAAGGCAUUUCCCUGUUAUUCUGAACCUAAUUGUCAUGCGGAACU